AGUUUGAAGUCAAAGACCCAGGCAGAAGGUCCAAAACAACGUUUUGAGUAAAUCGUCGUAAUCGCUCAUUCGGUUCCGUUUCUUUCACUGCAAUUAGAAACGGGUUCAGAACAGUGUCUCGGUCUUGUCUGAAGCAGGAACCCGUUCUUCCCUCGCGGGUCCAAUCUGCGGUUCUGAAGGAGAUGCGGACCGGCGGUGCUGGAGUGGAGGUGACGUCACGCAGAGAGAAAGUCGAACACCACGUCUUCACUCGGGAGGGGGGCAGAGAGAGAAUAAGAAUCACCGUAACAACAAAGAGAAGAAGGAAGGAAGCAACGGAUGCAGAAUCAGUUUAACAGCACGCUCUCCGAAUUAAGAACUGUUAACAAUGCAACAAGUGCCUUAGAAGUUCUUUUUUUCCGUUUAUCCAAGAGGAAGGCGACCUAGUUUAAUCCCAGUUAGUGCUGAAGAACUGUACGAAACGUCAGAGUGUGUGUGAGUGAAAUUUUUUGUUGAGGCGUUACCGCUCCUUCCUCGGCCACGGAGCGCUGGUCCUGUACGUGCAGAAGCGACUCCGUCUGUUUUGCACUCUGACGGGUUCGCCUUGAAAUGUUCUGACAGUGAGUAGAGAGGCGCAGAGCAAAGGCGACCGUCACAAGAAACCGCGAAUCGCACGCGUCCCGCGCGAGGAAAUGGGCACCCGGCUCGAUCCCCUCGUCCGGCUGCUCGCGCUGGCGCUCGCGCUGGCUGGCGGGCUCCGCGCGCACGGCGGGACGCCGCCUCGCGACAUAAAGCCCGAGGUAUGGCUGCAGCAGUAUGGCUACCUGCCCCCGGGUGAUCUCCGCACGCACACUGCCCGCUCCCCCCACUCCAUCCCUUCCGCCAUAGCUGCCAUGCAGAAGUUCUAUGGUCUGACCGUGACUGGCUCCAUCAAUCCAGAAACCAUAGAGGCGAUGAAGAGGCCACGCUGCGGUGUUCCGGAUAAGUUUGGUGCUGAGCUGAAGAGUAACCUGCGCAAAAAGCGCUAUGCCAUUCAAGGGCUGAAGUGGGACAAGACGGAGAUCACGUUUUGCAUACAGAACUACACACCCAAAGUGGGCGAGUAUGAAACCUACCAAGCCAUCCACAGGGCCUUCAAGGUGUGGGAGGGUGUGACGCCGCUGCGUUUCCGCGAGAUUCCCUACAGCCACAUCCGCGACAAGGUGGAGAACUUUGCAGACAUCAUGAUAUUUUUUGCUGAGGGUUUCCACGGUGACAGCAGUCCCUUUGAUGGCGAGGGAGGCUUCCUGGCACAUGCUUACUUCCCCAGCCCAGGCAUAGGGGGCGACACACACUUUGACGCCGCAGAGCCAUGGACCAUUGGAAACGCGGACCUAAGCGGUAACGACGUGUUCCUGGUGGCGGUGCAUGAGCUGGGCCACGCCCUCGGCAUGGAGCACUCCAAUGACCCGUCGGCCAUCAUGGCACCUUUCUACCAGUGGAUGGACACAGAGAACUUCCAGCUGCCUGAUGAUGACCGUCGCGGCAUCCAGCAACUGUACGGUUCAAGGUCUGGUGGCCCCCAGCCGCCCCCGCACGUCACGCAGAAAACGCCCCAUGAUGCCCCGCCACCCACACACCCCCCCUACAGACCGGACGUGCCUACCUUUGGCCCUGACAUCUGCGAUGGGCAUUUUGAUACGAUAGCCAUCCUGAGAGGGGAGAUGUUCGUCUUUAAGGAUAAAUGGUUCUGGAGGGUCCGUCAUAGUCGAGUUCUGGAGGGCUACCCCAUGCCCAUUGGACACUUUUGGAGAGGUCUGCCAGCCUCCAUCAAUACAGCCUAUGAGAGGGAUGAUGGGAAAUUUGUCUUCUUCAAGGGGGACAGACACUGGGUGUUCAGCGAGGCCAUCCUGGAUCAUGGCUACCCCAAGCCCCUGAAGGAACUGGGCAGUGGACUCCCCAAGGACCGGUUGGACGCAGCGCUCUUCUACACGCCCACAGGCAUGACGUACUUCUUCAGGGGGAGCAAAUACUACAGGUUCAAUGAGGAAACACGCUCUGUGGACCCAGACUACCCCAAACCCAUCACGAUGUGGCAAGGGGUUCCAGAGAACCCCAAGGCGGCCUUCAUGAGCAAGGAUGGAGCAUACACCUACUUCUACAAGGCCAACAAGUAUUGGAAAUUCAACAACCAGCAGCUGCGUGUGGAGCCAGGCUACCCCAAGUCUGCACUGCGCGAAUGGAUGGGCUGCCCUGAGGAGGACCCGAAGACAGGCGGGGGCGGAGGAGGCGGGGGCGGAGGAGGUGGCGGUGGCGGUGGAGGUGGAGGUGAAGGUGGAGGGGGCCGAGGUGGUGGUGGUGGCCGCAGAACGGAGGAGGAGACAGAGGUCCUCAUCAUUGAGGUGGAAGAGGAUGGCGUUGGGGGAGGUCGAGCCAGGGCCGUGGCUAUCGUGGUGCCCCUAAUACUGCUGGUGUGCAUAAUCUGCGCCCUGGGGGCGCUGCUGUUCUUCCGCACGUAUGGCACACCCCGGCGCCUGCUAUAUUGCCACAGGUCCCUGCUGGACAAGGUGUAGGAGGGGAUGGGGUGCAUGGGGGGAGGGAGAGAAGAGGUAGAAGUGGGGGGUCAGGAGGUCAGGGAGGAGCGGUGGAAGGAAUGGAAGAAGAGGGAUUCCGACUUAUUCUUAUGUAUGUCCAUGUACAGCAUGUUCUUUGAUGAAAGCAGGAGGGGAGGAUCCAGGCACAUGCAAACAGUCCAAACCCCCCCCCUCAUUUUUAUACAGUAAAAAGGGACAGAAUUUACCGGGUCCAGGAUUGGCCGACUCCGGCCUGCCCUCGAGGCCCCAAUCGCUCCUCUGCUCGUUGACGAUAUCAGCUGAAUCGCUGUUUGUUUAGCUUUGUUUUACUUGUGGUUUCUCUCUGUUUUUGAACAUUUUGGAAUUUUAAGUCUGAAUAAGUUUACUGCCAGCUACCCUUAAACUUGUGGUGUAAACUUGCGGUAAGGAGACGGGUGGCUCACUGCUGACAAGGAAGAGUUGCGUGAAAGGGAAGAGCCGGUGGCCUGUUAGAUAGCGGUUGUGGAACCCGCGUUCAAACGGAGAUCCGGUUCACCGUACAUGCGUCUGUAGAACUGGAGGUAGCGGUGCCGCCCAGUGCCAUCGGGACGCGGUGGUGGGUUCAACAGUUCAAUGUGAAGCCAACAGAGCCGUCAACCAUCCUGGAAAUGCGCGUAGGAGGACCUCGGUCCAGAGGCGCCGCCCCAGCGGAACACCACUAACGGGAGAAAGGCUCAGACUUGUGUCACAGCCAACUUGGUGUCCAAGUUGAACUCCUGGAGUUCCGUGAGGCAGCCCCCCCCCCUCCAGGUAAUAGUGGGGGGGAGGAAAGCCAAAUUUGCCGAACGAAAACCAAAUGUAUGUCAUGUGAUUUCGGUGUGCUAAUGGUCACCGAAGUGUGAAGUGCUUUUUAAACCUGUGGUUAUGUGCACCGCAAACACACAACACACACACGUCAACACAUCUCUUGCCCUACGUGCAGGAUUGGAGCGUGCGAGCGUGUGCGGUGCCAAGCCGUGUCCAGCAAACAAGCGAUUAUGAAUAAUUAACCCAAAUAUGGCCCGAAUAAAGAAAUUUGCAUACCUAACCAUAAAGACGACGUGUCUGUAUGCCUUUAGUACUAUUCUGAAAUAACUAUUGUCUUAUUGUCAUCAUUAUUAUGACUAUUAUUAUUAUCAUCAUUGCUCUCCUGUCUGUAGUCUUUGUACUUUUUGUCACUGUGUGUCCUGCUGGACAGGGAAUAAAAUGGCAAUAAAAAUGGCCUCAGUUUUUUUGCGUUUGAAGGCUCUGUGAUUUUCCCCGUAUUUUGGUCCUUUAAGUUCACUGGAAAUAUACAAGUUGUGUCAUCGGUGCUGUACUUCCACAAAAACUGUUCUUUGUAAGGAAUUAAGGGACAAUAUUAGUAAUAACAAUGACAAUAAUAAUAUGAUUAAUAGUAAUGAUAAAAAGAAAAAUAUU